ACUAAAUGCGGAAGUAAAUUCUGUACAGUAGUAUCCAUGAUUUGACCUCACAUGAGAAAUCCAUGCCUGUGUGAGUCGUGUUUAGUGGUUUGUUACCGGUACUUUUUUUUUUUUUUUUUAGGUUUAUGUCGUGAAUGUUGUCGGUGUUCAGAUGGAUCCUAAUCUGGUGUUUUGGAAGAACGAAGGACAGUCUUUCUUUAGUCGAUUCCGGAUCUGGUUUAAUAUUCUGGACCCACUGUCCCAGCUGUCCACUGAUGAUGAAAUACUGAAAGCUCGCGCUCGACUUAAAAGUGAAGACAAACAAAGUGAACAGGAUGCACUGAAUCUUUCUCUGGUGUCGGUCCAUGCUGAUUCUGGUGCUAUUCUUCCAUUACUUUUCCGCCCUCCUGUUUUUUGGCCCAUAUCUGCUCCUUUGGUUUAUGCCAGUUUUUUGCCAUUUAACAGUGUCAAACCAGCUCUGUUUUAUCAGUUUUUGCUGCAGAGCUACAACACUGGGUUCAACUACGCAAACAGAAACUCUUCAUCAGAACAGAAGAAGAGGAUGAGUCUAAACCAGCUCCUGUUGAUCGCUGGAACAAUAUCUUACACGACAUGUGCUGGGGCUCUACCUCAGAUUAUUAUUAACCGCCUUCAUGUGAAAAGCGUCCCAGUGCAGACGUUCUGCAGGUCCAUAUUACCCAUCCCACUGGCAGCUGUUCUGGCCUUUUUCAAUGUGAUGACCGUCAGAAGUCAGGAACCAGACAACGGAAUCCAGGUGUUUGAUUCCAACGGAAACUCUGUGGGCUUUUCUAAAGCAGCAGGAGAAAAGGCUGUGAGGGAAACGGCCGUAUCCAGAGCAGCUCUGAUGGGUACGGCUGCUGCUGUUCCCAACCUGCUGGUUUUAUUCCUGCACAGACUCCGGUUCGUGCAGAGGAACGUCAUUUUGGCCGCCUCCGUCCGUCCUGUGAGCGUCACGUUGAUCCUGAGUCUGAUGAUCCCCGUGUCCUUCAGUCUGUUUCCACAACUGGCAGCGAUAAAGAAGGAGGAGUUGGAGGCGGAGCUUCAGGCGGCGGCCGUGGACGGACACUUACUCUACCACCGAGGACUAUAACGAAAACAAAAACGUACUUCGACUCCAGUUUCGUGCAGCUUUUUCCUCCCAGUUUAACGUGUAAAAUUUUAUUUAAAAACCAUUAAAAACAACACACGGUUUCUGAUAGUAAAGUCAUUUAUUGGGGUGUUUUUAUAGAUAAGAAAUAUUACAUCAAUUCAUGAAAAUACAUUUAGUUUUCAGCAUUUCUAUAUUGCACUGUGUUAUGGAAUGCCAUUUAUGCAACAGCAGUUUAAAUGACAUUCAAAUGUGCUCGCAGUUGUAUUUUCUGCAUGGUAUUUUACUGUGUUAACAAAAAAACACAAAAGUAGAUGCAUUAACGUGGCCUUGAAUCAAGGCUCC